CAGUAGAGAGUAGACGUGCUUUUCACAGAGCGACAAAAAUCUCAAAUUUCACUAUGAAAAGACAAAGAUCUUCUGAGAGAAAGAGCCAGAGUGUAUCUAAGAGGCGCCGUAUAGACGUCUCUUCAGAUGACAGUCGUCAGUGGUACGAGGUGAUGCUUGCCCUGGCGGCCAAAUCAGCUUGCAAACAAAUCUUUACUUCUGCUGCUCACGAGUGGAGAGAGCACAUUAAAGACUGGUAUGAGUUGACCCAUGCCAUCAACAAGUCUGAGGAGCGUAGGGAGCUACCCACCAUACCUCAACCUACGCAUCAGAUGGAGUGGUUGGCUAGAGUCAAUUUUGAGCACAGACCCAUGCGCCGUAACGUACCAGAACAGAGACGUCAUAAAGUCUCCAAGAAACAAGACCUGAAUUCCUCCUUUUACGUCUACUAAAGAGGAGGAUGAUUUUGGUAUUGGAUAGACAGUUUGCAAGAAUCUGAGACACACUGACUGCCACAGCCAUCACAGUACCGUGCACUGACUGUACUUGUAUUUUGUGUAUCACACACUUUAUAUGGACCCUAGUACCAGACUUU